AUGUCGGCCAAAGCAAAGGCAGCACAGGCCGCAGCCCCCAACGACCAGCGCCCUACCAAACCAUCCGGAGGAGCGAAGAAUGCGUAUCUCAUGCUCUACAACGCCGUCUCUGCAGCACUAUGGGCCGGUGUACUCUUCCAGACCGUCACGAUUGGCGGAAACGAGGUGGUGAAUGCGCAGAAGGCGGGAAAGUUCUUUGGGAAAGACGAUUGGUUCACCGCUACCAAGCGUGGGUUGGGCAGUGGGAAGGUGUAUGAUAACCUGGAGGGAUACACGAGGACUGUGCAGACGUUGGCGGGGAUGGAGGUGUUGCAUAGUUUAGUCGGACUCGUCCGCGCUCCCCUUCUAACCACCCUCAUGCAAGUCGCAUCUCGCUUCCUCCUCGUCCACCUCAUCGCGUCACCCCCCGCCUUCCCGCUCUCGACCCGCCACUCCCCCGCCUAUAGCACUAUGCUGCUCGCGUGGAGCGUCACAGAAGUAAUCCGCUACUCCUACUUCGUCUUUUCCUUAUCCGGUGCCGGCGUCCCUAAACUGUGGACCUGGUUGCGAUACAACACUUUUCUGGUCCUGUACCCUCUUGGUAUCUCGAGUGAGUGUUGGUUGGUGUACCAGGCUAUCCCUUUGGCUAGUGAAAGGAACGAGUUGUUUGGGUACGCGCUUUGGGCUAUACUGGCCAUUUAUGUCCCAGGAAGUUACAUUCUGUUCUCGCAUAUGUUGGCGCAGAGGAGGAAGAUUGCGAGGCAGAGUCGAGUAGCGUAA